AAGUAACAAAAACAAAAGAAAAAACAAUUGUUGAGAAACCCACAACAUGUGAGAAACCCAGCAGCGCCGGAACCCCAACACUAUAAAGUCCCCUCUUUCUCUCACAAUUCCAAUUCCAAUCAAAAUAAUCUCCAAUUUUCUCUCACUUUCUUCUCCUUAAUUUCUCUCUCAGAAACUUCAAUUGGGGCUCAAAGGGUAUAGAAAAAAAAAAAAAAAAACUAGGGUUGUGAGAAAAUGCGAAUGAGUUGUAAUGGGUGUCGUGUGUUGCGAAAAGGGUGCAGUGAAGAUUGUAGCAUAAGACCGUGUUUGGAAUGGAUCAAGAACCCAGAAUCGCAGGCUAAUGCCACCGUUUUUCUUGCUAAGUUCUAUGGUCGUGCUGGCCUCAUGAAUCUCAUCAACGCGGGCCCUCAAAACCUCCGACCAGCGAUUUUUCGUUCGUUGUUGUACGAGGCAUGUGGUCGAAUUGUAAACCCAAUUUACGGGUCAGUGGGUUUGUUAUGGUCGGGGAGCUGGCAGCUGUGUCAAGCCGCCGUGGAAGCCGUUUUGAAAGGCGAGCCGAUCACACCGAUCACAUCGGAAGUGGCGGCGAAUGGGCGGGCCCCACCUCUGAAGGCAUGCGACAUUCGCCACGUGUCCAAAGACGAAAACUCGGCGAACCGGACUCAAAAGGCCAAGACUCGAGUCCGGGUUAAGCGAACCGGCGGCGACGUAGUUAUCAAACCGAAAGCCUCGAAGGCGACUGGGUUUGUUCCGGUUGAACCGGAGGCGAACCAGACUACGAGUCAUGAGUCGGGGCUGAGCCACUUGUCGGAAGCGGCGGCCAUUGUGGAAGGAGAGAGCAAAGAGAGUGAAAGUGUGGUGUCGGUGGAAACUUGCAACCUAUUCGGUGAGACAAAGACGAGUGAUCGAACCGGUGAAAGUAGUGAUGAAAUUGGUUUGGAAUUGAGGCUUGGGUUUGAACCGGUUUCACGUGAGCAUCACAUGAUUCCGAUGAAGAAGAGAAGAAUAGAAGUGAAAAGUAGCUGUGACUCAAUGGAGUUAGGACUUGAGUCCUCGGCUUGAAAAUAAUGGCUCGCAUAGUUUUUUAUGAGAAAACAACACUUUUUCUCUUGAAUCUUGUAGGUGAAAUGAUAAGUUUAGAAUUUUUUUUUUUUUACUUUUUCUUUUUCGGUUUAAUCUCUGUGAAUGAGUUGUUGUACAAAAUGGUUAAUAUCUUCGAUAAAUGGAGGAAAGUUUCGCUUCUUUUGUUUCA